ACCAUGUAGUCUUACAUGAAAGACAUAAGAUUUUUUGAGGCAUUUCAGCAACCUCAGUUUCUCUGUUCCUCUUCUGAUUCAGCAAAUCUGAAAAUGAGAAACAUUUCAAAUGCAACAUGCUUCAUUUUCUUUGUUUUUUUAGUAGCACUUGGUGUUGAAUGCCGUUCUCUUCGCACCAGUGUUUCUGAGUAUGUUUCUGAUGGACUUGAUGAUGUUCAAGUCCAAGACUCUUACAUACAACUCAAAGACCAAAGUGUUGAAUCUUCUGCUGGGAAGUACUGUGAACAAAUGUAUGGCUUCUUGCCAUGUUCUAAUAACAUUUUUGGUCAUCUCUUCCUCAUUUUGGUUUAUGAGUACUUGUUAUUCCAUGGAGAGUCAUAUUUGGCUGCUGGAGGUGAGCAAAUCUUCAAGAUUCUUGGUCCAGGUGUUUUUGGAGCAAGUGCUUUUGAUAUUCUUGGUGCUCUUCCCGAGUCCUUAAUUCUUGUUGUUACUGGACUUUCCAGCGAUGCUGAGAGAGCACAAGAGUAUGCUUCGACUGGAGUUGGUUUGUUGGCUGGAUCAUCUAUCUUGCUUCUGACAGUAGUGUGGGGAACCUGUGUUAUAGUUGGCAAGCAAAAGUUGAAAAAUGAAACUAAUUCUGAUGGCUCAAAUUCGUCAAAUGGAAGAAUAAAAGAAUCAUUGCCUGGUUAUGGCAUUACUAUGGAUGUAGACACUAGAAAGAUGGCAAGAAUCAUGGUUUUCUCUGUUAUACCACUUGUCAUAAUGCAGAUUCCCAAUUUAUUCCAUCUCUCCUCUACACCACGCAAUGUGGCCUUGAUGAUAGCUCUUAUGGUUGCUGUGGCUUUUCUCAUCUCAUACUUCAUUUACCAGAUCUUUAAACCUCAGAUAGAGAAAACAAGACUAGAAUACAUAAAACAUGAUGAUUUAAUAUUAAGAAUUUUUCAAAGAGUUGAAAAGCAAACUCUGCAAAAGAUCCUGACCGAGGAUGGGACUCCAAAUGUAACUGCCAUAAGUGGGUUAUAUAAUGAAAUCAGUCAACAUGGGGGCAAGGAUUUAUUAGCUUCUGAAGUAAAAGAGCUAUUGCUUGGGAACAAAUUAACUGACACAGAUAUCAAAGAGGAACAAAUAGCAGACAUGUUAAAAGUUUUUGACCGAAAUGGUGACCAAAUUAUAACCAAGGAAGAGUUUGUCACUGGCUUAACAGAAUACAUUAACCAAACAAAGCAUGCUCUUGAUAGACAGUACCUCCCGAAAGAAUCUAUGAACAAAUUGUAUCAGACUUUUAUCAAGCCAUGGAUUGAAAAUGCAAGAAAAGAACGUGAAUUAAAGGGGCAUCUUAUAUCUGAUGUCUUAAAGCAUGCUCAGAAUGAUAUGGUUGGCAGGCUGCUCAAAGAUGAUGGCACACCUGAUAAAACUGCUAUUAGAAGGUUGUUUGAGGAAGUAGAUAGCAAUGGGGAUAACCAUGUUUCGAGAUCCGAGUUAGAAAAAGUAGUCAAGGAAAUCCACUUCAGUAAGGCUGUAGAUGCAAAGGAGGCAGUUGCAAAACUUGUUCAAGAUCUUGAUAUCAACAAAGACAAUGAAAUUAGUGAGAGUGAAUUUGUUGAAGGUUUUACAGAAUGGAUAAACUCAAAUUCCUCUCAAGCUGCUAAAGAGAAAUCUUCUUCUCAUGGAACUCAUCAAACCUGGGAAGAUGUUGAAAAGGUAAUUGAAGAGAAUCAAACCAAAGGAGUAUCUGCAUGGUUGACAGCUAUUGCAUAUGUGGUGUUGGGAAUUACUAUGCUAUCUCUUCUUGCAGAGCCUCUAAUAGCAAGUGUACAAAAAUUCUCUGAAGAUGCUGGAAUUUCAUCAUUUUUCGUCUCAUUUAUUUUAGUCCCUAUGGCUACAAAUUUUAGAGAAGCAACCUCAGCAAUCAAAGAAGCUAGCCAUAAGAAGAGCAGUAAUACUUCUCACACAAUGUAUGAGAUUUAUGGAGCAGUGUUCAUGAACAACAUUCUUGGCUUUGUGGUGAUAUCUGUUCUUAUAUAUGUGAGAGAUAUCACUUGGGAAUUCUCAGCUGAUGUGCUAGUUGUGGCAAUUGUUUGUGCUGUAAUGGGCCUCACUGCUAGUUCUCGCACAACUCUUCCUCUUUGGACAUGCUUCCCUGCAUACCUCAUGUACCUAAUAUCAUUGCUUUUGGUUUUUGUUCUCAAAGAUGUUCUCAAUUAUGUGUAGUCACAUCAGAAAAUGUUAUGUGGUCCUGCAUAGUGCAGAAUAUAUUAUGAAUUCUAAUGGUAUCUUUGAUGCCUAAUAUCAAUAGAGUAUGAAGACUCAUUUUUUUACUCUUUUUUUUUUUAUCUAUUGCAGCAAUUGUACAUGCUUGUAUACCAUGAUAAUAUUAACCGUCCAAG